GGAUGAUUUCCAAUUUUAGCGGAUAGCAGAUGGGAGUGGAGUGCAGUUUUGCAACGGUGUACACGCAGGAACAGUUCUCAAAAAUUCUUUUAACAAGUUUGAACAAGAGCAGACUCCCGCUGAUGAUGAUGAUGAUGUGAAGGACUUCUUUCUCAACCUUGUUUAACUCCGUGUGUGUGUGUGUGUGUCUUGACACUUGUAUUGUUGCUCCACCUCCUUCGAAUUGAAGUCGCAGUUCAGCCGCGCUGAGGCAGUUUCUCAAGAGGAAGCAAACGGGAGGCGCUUGGUGAGAAAACAGAAAAUUGACGAUGGCAGAUAACAAGAUGGGCCCAAACUUCCAGGCUGGAGCUGGAUUCCUCGCCAAACGGGUUCAGAAGUCUUUGAAUCGAGCUCAGGAGAAGGUCCUUCAAAAACUGGGCAAAACCAUGGAGACCAAGGAUGAACAGUUUGAGCUGUGUUUCCAGAGCCUCAACAAACAACAGAUCGAUGGAAGCAGGUUGUUUAAAGAUGUCAAAGCCUACCAUACAGCAGUGAAAGCCGUGCAUGAGACGUCCAAGCGGCUGUCCCAGACGUUGCAAGACAUCUAUGAAUCAGACUGGAAUGGAGUGGAGGACCUUGCUGUCAUUACAGAGAGUGAAGAUUUGCUGUGGAACGACUACGAAGAAAAACUAAGUGACCAGAUUGUCCGCACCAUGGAGAACUAUACAAGCCAGUUCCCUGAGGUCAAGGAACGAGUAGCUAAACGCGGUCGCAAGCUGGUGGACUACGAUUCAGCACGACACCACCUGGAAGCGCUACAGAUUGCCAAGAAAAAAGAUGAAGUCAAAAUAGCAAAGGCAGAGGAAGAGUUCAACAAGGCCCAGAAUGUCUUUGAAGAAAUAAAUAAUGAGCUGAGGGAGGAGCUGCCUGUUCUCUAUCAGAGCCGGAUAGGUUGCUAUGUGACGGUGUUUCAAAACAUAUCAAACCUGAGAGAUGUCUUCUACAAGGAAAUGAGCGUGCUGAAUCAUGAGCUGUACAAUGUGAUGAAGAAACUGGAGACUCAACACUCAGGAAAAGCUUUCAUCAUCAAGGGUCUGAACAGCACGUCAAACAAGUCAAAGAAGAGAAAGUCCCUGGUUAUCUCCAAUCCCAUCCCUUGCAAUACAGCUUUCCCAGCUGACCACAUCUCCAUCCAUUCUUCCACUGAAAAUGGAAAUGAUGGUGUGCCCUCACCCAUUGCCCAACAAACUCAAAGCAUCUCUGAAGAAACCAGCGUACCAGAAGAAAGUGGUGUCUCAUCCAAAGAUGUCAACUCAUCAGACUCCGAUCUCAGCUCCAGUGGCACCAACACACCUAAGAGGCAGUCCAUAUAUGACAGUGAGAACAACGACAAGAGCACAGGGAAUCCGGAGGAGGAGGCAGCGGUCGAGGCAGAAGCAGAACUUGCUACAAACCAGUCGGAUGACUCUGGGGUGGGUGUACCAAAGUCAGAGGCUGCAGGUCAGGAAGUGUCCAAUCCCUCAGAUUCUGCAGAUAGUGAUACCCCACAUAGUUCAAGGCAGGAGAAUUUGAGUGAUCCACCAUCAGAGGAGGCCAAGCCCAAACCUGCACCGGUUCCCGCCCCUCGCGUCUCUUUCUGCUCCACAGAUAGAGGCCCCCUCUUGCCCGCUGGGGAGCAGGAGACAGAGGAAGCAUCAGUCAAGACAGCUGACUCAGGAGAUGACUCCAGUUCCUACAAUCCACCAGGCUUCCUAUACAAGGGGGUGGCGUUAGAGAGCCAUGCAGCAUCUGAAGACGGCCUGCUCCAGUUUGAUCAGGGAGACAUCAUCCUGGUGCUUGCUGACACUCAAGAGGAAGGCCUGGUAAAGGGGAUCAGGGAGGAGAGCUGGAACCAGCACAGGGAUCUAGAAAAUCACUCGGGGAUCUUCUCAGAAAAACUCAUCCAGCCUGUUCAGGCAGAGUAAGGCAAUAGUCACUCCUCAGUCUGUAAUACUUUCUCCUUCCAUAGAGCAGUUGGUGACGCACACACACCCACACACACACAGAGGGAGUGAACCCAUAAUGUUUUGGGUGCAGAAGCUGUACAAACAGAUGAGCACAAGCCCCAUGUGGUUACUCACAUGGUAUGAUGAUGUAACUUGUGGAACAAAAGUGACUGAGCUUUAGAACAUUUUGUAAGAGAUGUUUGCAUUGUUAAAUGUUACAGUAUUUUGCUCUUUUUGUAUUUUUCAAGUCUUUCUGUGAAACACUGAAUUUUUUUUAAUACUGAUUCUAUAAUGUAAAAUUUCCUAAUAAAGUUCUAAAUAAAAGAA